UAAUGUAAAUUGUUCGGUUGACGUUCAGAUAUUUGGAGGUUGGCGUAACUCGUGUUGAUGCAGGAAGCUGCGACCGUUAGCUAUCUAUAAUCUCAUCUGUCCACUAUUUCCCUUUUAUCAGAUAGUUCUUCCAAGUUUCAUUUGUCGUAGUUCUGCUUCUGAAUCCUUAACUAGUGUGCGAGCAACACAAAUGAAGAUUCUUCUUCUCUUUUGAGUUAUUUUGGCAGUCUGUUAUUCUAAGGUUUGAUAACACACAGUGGAACAUAUACGAGCAGGAAACAAAGAAUUGCUUAGUUAACUGAGUGAGAUACUGAGAUUGCGAUGGCAUUAGCUAUGCUUAACGUCGCUUUAGAAUGGGUGACAAUGGCUUUAUCUGCACGAGCUGUAGUUUGUGGAUCCUAUGUUGGUGCAAAUUUGUUUGUUGAAGUUCUUCUGCUGCUUGUCGGCCUUUUAUUGCUCUCCCGGAAACGUUCCAAACCUCGAAAACAGAAGUUGAGACCGAAGGAAGUAGAUGAGCUAUGUGACCAAUGGGUUCCAGAACCUCUAUUUCCUCCCAUAAGCAAAGAGAUGCUGUAUGAACCGCCAGUGCUGGAUAGUGCUGCUGGGCCGCAUGCUAUAAUUAAUGGUAGAGAAAUUGUUAAUUUUGCUUCGGCAAACUAUCUUGGAUUGAUAGGUCAUGAGAAGCUUCUUGAGAACUGUACUGCCGCUAUAGAAAAAUAUGGUGUUGGUUCCUCUAGUUCUCGCGGGUUUUAUGGAACAUUUGAUGUCCACCUUGAUUUUGAAGCCAAAAUAUCAAAAUUUUUGGGAACCACUGAUGCAAUUCUGUACUCUUAUGGACUUUGUACCAUGUUCAGUUCAAUUCCUGCUUUCGCUAGAAGAGGAGACAUAAUUGUUGUGGAUGAAGGAGUCCACUGGGGGAUCCAGAAUGGCCUUUGUCUUUCUAAAAGCACAGUGGUGUAUUUUAAGCACAAUGACAUGGACUCGUUGAGACAAACACUUGAGAAUGUUGCUAAAAAACAUAAGCGAGACAAGAAAAUGAGGCGUUACAUAGUUGUUGAAGCUAUCUACCAGAAUUCUGGCCAAAUUGCUCCCUUGGAUGAAAUCAUUAGAUUGAAGGAGAAAUACAGUUUCCGUGUUUUGUUGGAUGAGAGCAACUCAUUUGGUGUGCUAGGAAGAUCUGGAAAAGGUCUCACCGAAUACUAUGGAAUUCAGGCUGAAAAGGUAGAUAUCAUAGCUGCUGCGAUGGGACAUGCACUGGCCACAGAAGGAGGAUUCUGUGCUGGAAUUGCUGGAACUGAAAUUCACCAACGAUUGACAGGUGCUGGCUAUGCCUUUUCCGCUUCUCUGCCUCCAUAUCUUGCAAGCGGUGCAACCAAAGCUCUUGAAAUCCUCGAACAAAAUCCCAAUCUGGUUACAGAGCUGAAGAAUAACAUUGCUUUGUUGGGGAAAGAAGUAUCAGACAUCCCCGGCUUGAUAACAACAAAUAAUGCAGAAUCACCAAUUAUUCAUUUGAGGCUAGAAAAGUCAACAGGUUCCAUCGAAAAAGACCGGCGCCUGCUAGAAGAUAUUGCCAAGCGGGUUCUGGAGGAAGAUGGUGUAUUGGUGGUGGCUUCCAAAAGAUCAACGGUGGAUGAAUGUCGUCUGCCCUUAGGAAUUAAACUGUUCGUUUCGGCAGCUCAUUCAGAGUCUGAUCUACGAAAGGCAGCUGAAUCAUUGAAAAGGGUUGCUGCCUCAGUCCUGAGUGAUCAUAAUUGAGGUUGAAGGCUUCUUUCCUCUUUGUGUUAUGUACUGAAACAUCACUUCAGUUGCUGAAAUUGAACAACUUUCUAUGGUUCGGAAGGAUUUAAUAAUAAAUAGAAUCACAGGAACAUCGGUUCUUAAUGGUUUUAUGGAGAUAUAUUCAACUAUUAGCUGCAGUUUCAACAUUAAAUGUACAAAGUACCUUAGCAUUUUGCUGUUGGAAUAUUUUACAUGGUCCUCGCUAUUCCACAUAAUUGCAAAUUAGUCAUUUUGUAGCAUUAUCACACAUAAUUGAGGGGAAUAAUACUGUGACGUCGUUUAUUCUCAAUAUUUUGAUUGACAAUGAUGAUGCGGAGGAUAGAGUUAAUA